GAGGCAGCACACUAUUCUGGACGUACUGAUGUUUCUCCAGAGUUCACUCGACCCAGGCUUUUGCGCGCAUUUAUGUAUUGUCGAAAUUUGGAUUCGUUUCUGUCCGGAAAGAUUUUUGUUCCGGGGGAAUAAUUAAGCGUGCGUAUGUUUAAAAAAUUAAAGGGGGACGUACGGAUUAUAUCUUAUAAAUUGUAACGCGUGUGCAAUCUGGUGCAAUAUUGAUGUGCUGGAGUGCGAAUGCAAACUGCCAAGUUAUUGAACGAAAUUUUCCCUAAAAUACAAGGUCCUCCAACUGAUAACCCCUCAGAGGAUGUGGUAUAUAAUGGUGUGACUGAAAUGAGUAGUUUUUUACCUGUUGGAGAACAACAACAACAAGAAAUUGAAGCUGUUAGAAAUCAGCUUUCUGAAAAUGAGCCAAUGCAAUGGCCCUCAGUUGAAAAUGAGCCAUUGAAUGAGUAUCAGGUAUCACAUUUGGCCACAAUGUCAUUCCCAACAUUAUUUCCGGAUGGAAAAGGUGAUCCUACUAAUCAAGGACUUCUACGGGAUGUCCCUCUUCAGGAGCGAAUAAAACACCUGUUGAAAUUUGCUGAAGUUAUAGAUGGCAAAUGGGUCUACCGUUUUGCUAACCAUCCCAGAUUCUGUUACUGGGCUUUUAAUAUGAUUCAAAGAAAACGAAUCUUACAGCAAAGUGGAAUAUUCCUAAAGCAAAACCCAGGUGAGGCACAUCUCACUAUUGAUGAAUUAAGGGAAAUGGCUGCCAGUAACAAUGCUAAUCUGUUUAUGUCUAAAGUGUCUAGAUAUGUUGGGAAUAUUGCUGGUACUAAUGCUUACUGGAACAAAGUAAGAGAAGAACUCAAAGCUAUUAUAACUAGUGUUGGAGCACCAACAUUAUUUUUCACUUUUUCCUCUGCGGAUAUGCAUUGGCCUGAGUUACACACUCUAUUUAGUGCUGAUAAUGGUUGUGGAACUGGUAAUAAUACCAAUGAAGUCAGACGACAAAAUGUAAUUAACAAUCCCCAUAUUGUGGAUUGGUUUUUCACUCAAAGAUUAGAAAGCUUUGUUAAACACUGGCUUUAUGAAACACUUGGUGCAAAAUGGCACUGGUUUCGAUAUGAGUACCAAGGUAGAGGCAGUAUCCAUUGUCAUGGUACUGCUAAACUAAAUAAUGAUCCAGGUUUGUGUAAACUUACUGAGACUGCUUUGAAAGGUUACUUAGCACAAAAAUUUAAAGAUGAGAACAUUUGUUCUGAUAUAACCGAACUAGACAAUGAUAUUGAUGCUGGUCAGAGAGCAGCUGAAACAGUAUGUCGGUAUGUUGAUUGGCUAUUAUCAACUGUCAAUCCAAACCCACCAGACGAAGAUAUGUGGGUACGACCUGAGACUCAUCCAUGUCAGAAACCCCAUAAUGAAAUUCCUGAACAUGAAAAACAAUCAGAUUAUGUAGAUCUAUUAAAUAUGGUUCAACGACACACUCGUUGUAGUACUAGCUAUUGUCUAAGAAAAAAGUCAAAUGAGACUGAAUUGAAAUGUAGAUUUCAUUUUCCAUUUGACAAUUGUCAGCAACAAAGUUAG